GAGAACCAGACCUGCAAAUCUUUACCGCUCACCCCGCCCGUAUUUUAUAACCGACCAAUCAGUGGUGGAGUGGGCGGAGUCAGGGAUACCAGCGGAGGAUUCAAACGGAAAAUGGCAGCGGAUAAAGAUACAAAUGAAAAUACACAAAACAGAAGGGGUACGGUGUGUAAGGUGGUGAUCAGCCAGGAUGCAGGGGGAUCUUCGGGCGGCGGUGGUGUUGGUGGCUGCCCGCCCGUCAUCUUUAACCCAGAUUUCUUUGUGGAGAAGCUACGUCACGAGAGACCUGAGGUGUUUCAAGAGCUGGUGCUUAGCAACAUCAGCCGCCUCAUCGACCUUCCCGGUGCUGAGUUCUCUCUGCUGUUAGGGGACGAGGGAGGGCACAAGACACUCACAGGGGCCGGAGGGGGAUUCUUCCGCUCCUUCAACUUCCUCAAACGUAAAGAUAAGGAAGUGGUGUUUGGGACUCCUUUGACAGAGGGAGGCAUCGCCCAGAUUUACCAGCUCAUCGAAUACCUCAGCAAGAACCUGCAGGUAGAGGGUCUGUUCAGGGUGCCAGGUAACAGUGUGCGGCAGCAGGCCCUGAAGGAGCAGCUGAAUAGUGGGGCAGAUAUCGACCUGGAGGCAGGGGGCUUCCACCCCAACGACGUGGCCACCCUCCUCAAGACCUUCCUGGGAGAGCUACCUGAACCCCUCCUCACACACCAACACUUCCACGCUCACCUCAAAAUAGCAGACAUGACUCUGUUGGAUGAGAAGGGCAACAUGACGUCAGUACCUGAUAAGGAGCGUCAGAUUGAGGCCUUACAGCUCCUCUUCCUGCUGCUGCCCCAGGCCAACCGCAGCCUCCUCAAACUGAUCCUGGACCUGCUCUACCACACCGCCAAGCAGCAGGACAAGAACAAAAUGUCCGCCUUCAACCUCGCCCUCAUGUUCGCCCCCCACGUUGUGUGGCCCAGAGAUAUGGUGGCCAGUGACCUCCAGGAGAAUCUGAAGAAGCUAAACAACGGCAUGGCCUUCCUCAUCAAACACUCCCAGAAACUAUUCAGGGCUCCUAUGUACAUGAGGGAGCAUGCCAGAAUGCACUUCACGGGAUCUAAGACCCUGCAGACCAAGGAUGAUAUAGACCUAUUAUCUGUGACUGGUUUCCAUGCCCCUGUUCCCCUGAAGAGGUGUUGGGCUGACCCGUCUCAGUACCUGUCCCCCUCCUCGUCGUCCCAGGGCCAGCAGCACCACACAGAGGAGUCCCUGAAGGAGCUGUUCAGACACGUCCAUGACAACAUGCCCAACUCUGCCAAGAAGAAGAAACUCUUACGACAGCUUGCUAAACAGACCACCCCCGGCCUGGCCCCAGGGACACCCAUCAACAACUAUCAGACCCCCCCGGCCCAGAGCAAGAAACACCCCCGCUCCCGCUCCUUCGGAGGAUUCAUCAAGAGGAGACAUAAGGGGGACCAACAGGCGUUGGAGAGGAGGGGCAGACAAAUCUCCCCGGAGAUGGUUGCUGCGGCGAUGGGACGGCUGGGAAAGGAGAACGUCGUCCUGCAGUCGGUGAACAGUCCGGUGACGGUGAAUAAUAAUACUCCAGUGGGGGUCAAGGCCUAUGAUAGCAUGGCCCUCAAUAGAGAGAGGAGACUCAACUAUCAAAGGACUCUUCAUCCAUCUCCAGAAUGUGUUUCUCUCCCUCCCUAGAAACAUCGAUGUAGAGGAUUGGUACUAGCAACACCGGACUUGUUUUUUUUUUUUGGUCUUUUAUAAAGUAAACUGUAUUGUAACUUUCUAAAUCCGUGACGAAUACAACAUUAGUCCCCAGCCAGACAUGGGUUGCAUCCCAAUAAUCUCUUAUUUCUCCUGAAGUGUGCUCUUGUUCACUUCCCUCAAUGAGCCUACAUAGAUACUUUUACAGUUGACCACUAGCUGAGCCUAUAUGGAUACUUUUACAGUUGACCACUAGCCGAGCCUAUAUGGAUACUUUUACAGUUGACCACUAGCUGAGCCUAUAUGGAUACUUUUACAGUUGACCACUAGCUGAGCCUACAUGGAUACUUUUACAGUUGACCACUAGCUGAGCCUACAUGGAUACUUUUACAGUUGACCACUAGCUGAGCCUAUAUGGAUACUUUUACAGUUGACCACUAACUGAGCCUAUAUGGAUACUUUUACAGUUGACCACUAGCUGAGCCUAUAUGGAUACUUUUACAGUUGACCACUAGCUGAGCCUACAUGGAUACUUUUACAGUUGACCACUAGCUGAGCCUAUAUGGAUACUUUUACAGUUGACCACUAGCCGAGCCUAUAUGGAUACUUUUACAGUUGACCACUAGCUGAGCCUAUAUGGAUACUUUUACAGUUGACCACUAGCUGAGCCUACAUAGAUACUUUUACAGUUGACCACUAGCUGAGCCUAUAUGGAUACUUUUACAGUUGACCACUAGCUGAGCCGAUAUUGUACUAUAUGUAAGUAUCUUGUUUGUGUUUUUUACAUUUUCUUCUGAAUCUGAUGUUUGUACUACUCAUCUGAAAAUGUGGUGUCUAAUUUCAGUAAUAUUCUACGUCCCAAUUGUUGCCCUACACACACACAGCACACUGACGGGAUGAUUAUAUCCCCCUACAAAAUGCUGAUUAGCACCAGUCACAUUCGUCUGGGGCCUGUUCCAAAAAGCUGGUUCAAUGAGUUAGCCAGCAAACUGGCCCAAAUUGCUUGAAAUGACUCAACAACAACAGAAACAACUAUUAUACAAACGAAGAUUAUUUUAAUCAACCAGGAAAUCAAGAGAGCUGAGGCAAAGGCUGUUAAUCAACCCUGCCUUCUGGAAUAUCAAAGUUAGCUGGCUGAUGUAUUAACCCUGCCUUCUGGAAUAUCAAAGCUAGCUGGCUGAUGUAUUAACCCUGCCUUCUGGAAUAUCAAAGCUAGCUGGCUGAUGUAUUAACCCUUCCUUCUGGAAUAUCAAAGCUAGCUGGCUGAUGUAUUAACCCUGCCUUCUGGAAUAUCAAAGCUAGCUGGCUGAUGUAUUAACCCUGCCUUCUGGAAUAUCAAAGUUAGCUGGCUGAUGUAUUAACCCUGCCUUCUGGAAUAUCAAAGCUAGCUGGCUGAUGUAUUAACCCUGCCUUCUGGAAUAUCAAAGUUAGCUGGCUGAUGUAUUAACCCUGCCUUCUGGAAUAUCAAAGCUAGCUGGCUGAUGUAUUAACCCUGCCUUCUGGAAUAUCAAAGCUAGCUGGCUGAUGUAUUAACCCUGCCUUCUGGAAUAUCAAAGUUAGCUGGCUGAUGUAUUAACCCUGCCUUCUGGAAUAUCAAAGCUAGCUGGCUGAUGUAUUAACCCUGCCUUCUGGAAUAUCAAAGCUAGCUGGCUGAUGUAUUAACCCUGCCUUCUGGAAUAUCAAAGUUAGCUGGCUGAUGUAUUGACCUGCCUUCUGGAAUACCCCACAGCUCUUAUGGUGUCUAAAGGCCAGUGGGUUUACUGAUACUGUCUGUUAGCUCAAAUGACUCCCCCAUUCCCUAUAUAGUGCACUACACUUUAUAGUAGUGCAUGUGGUGGUGUUGGAGAGAGAAACACUGGCUCAGGGUUUUCUUGGAUCUAUAUCAUACAAAUACAGGUCAAUACAUAUUGGAUGAUGAUGAACAAACCAACCUGUAAUGGCAUCUGUGUUUGGGAGAGAUGUAGGUAGGGCUUCAUUUUGGGAUGACUAUUUAUUUUUAUUGUCUGAGAUUUGUGUAUUAACUGAUUUGAACUCCUCAAUGUGUACAAUGACAUAUUUCACCUGCCUGGUUUGGCCUUUGAGGUUUGAUAGUACAAUGUUGUGAUUAUAAUUAAUUUUCUUUUAUUUUUUAACUGGAAGUCAUGGGUUUUUGGGUGGAUAUUGGUUGGGACGCUAAUGUUGUUGAAAGAUUUUCUGGAAGUCUGAGAUGGUUUUUGCUUUGUUGGAGAGAGAAUUUGUAGUGACGGUGUCAAUAGAGGAUUCUCUUACAGUACCUUCAGUGUUGCCCGGUCUGAUACAAGUUUUCUUUAUUGAGCGUGAAUUGGGACAUUUUGAUCUGGGUCAUGUUCUUUAGGCACCAAAUAGAACAAGACGGAUUCAAACUGGGAGGGACUACCUGGACUUUGUCCAAUAAGGAACCCUUAUUUUCACUUUCCGUUGCAGAACGUUUUGAAAAGUUUUUGUGUACCCUAAUGGACAUGACGUUGGUUUUAAUGGGGCUGUUUUUAGAGGAAGUGUUAAUGGGGAAUGUGUGAGAAUGGGUUUGUGGUAAGUUUCAAAGAGAUGGGUGUGUUUUUUAUGAAUUUUUUUAUACAUGAAAUGAAAGACACCAGAAGCUUGCUGCUGAGGUUAUCAAGAUGGCUUUGUUUUUUACUCUUUUUAUUUUAUAUGUGCUGGUCAAGUAGCCUACCAAUUUUACAUGUUAUUCCACUGCUUUUUUUAAAUGGACUUUUGGCCCCUGUCUUUUCUCUCUGUUACCUGAAGGUUUUCAGCCAAUCAAGGCCCAACAUAUUUUAAGUGUCAUUUUGAAAAGCUGAAGGGUCAUCUGGCCAUUAGUGGUUGAUACACACUGAGUCUUGCUGGAAACAUUUUUGCUAAUGUGCAAUCAUCUUUAUGACGUGAGUCAGUUCUAGAUUACAUGAUACAACAUGUGGGCAUUCUUUUAAUCUCCCUUAUUAUUUUUGUGUUACGUGUGUCUUGUAUGUUGAAAGUCUUUGGUUUUGUCAGCCAAUGUUGACCAUGGUCUUAAAUGUUUACACAUCAACUGUACAGUACUACUAGUUUUUCUGCUUAUUUUUGUUCAGUCUAUCUGUGAAUAACAACAGCAUGGGUAUGUGUCCCAAAUGGCACCCUAUUCCCUAUAUAGUGCACUACUUUUGAGCAGAGCUCUGUGCCCUGGUCAGAAGUAGUGCACUACAUUUUGAAUUUUGAGACGCAGACAUGGAGUUACAUUAAUGUCUUCUAAAAUAAACAUAGUAUACUAUAAUCUCACAUUGCUGCCUAGACUUACUUUCAUGCAUCUUCCUCUGUUCAUAUAAAUCUGUUACCAGUGCCUUUUAAUGUAAGGUCAUUUUAGCCUACCUUUACCUGUUUUUUAGUUUUUAUGCUGUGUAAAAUGUUUUUUAACUCUGUCAAAUAGAUGCAUUGAUUUACUACUGGUGCUAUGGAUUAAAACUAUUUUUCUACAUGUG